AUGGCUGGCAAUUCAUUGAAAGACAUGAAUACUUCGUUUGGAAAAUUGGAGAAAUUUCAGGGCCAAGAUUUCAGACAUUGGCAAAAGAAGAUGCACUUCUGGUUGACUACUUUGAAAGUUUUUUAUGUUCUCUCUACUCCAAAACCAGAAGAGGUUGAAGAUGCAAGUCUGGAACAAAUAAGAAGGAGAAGCAAAUGGGAGAAUGACAACUACAUCUUCCUUGGUCACAUUCUUAAUGGUAUGUGUGAUUCCCUCUUUGACACUCAUCAAAACAUUGAAACUGCAAGUGAAUUAUGGAACACACUUGAAGCAAAAUAUAUUGCAGAAAAUGCUUCAAGUAAAAAGUUCAUUGUUUCUGAUUUCAACAAUUAUAAAAUGGUUGAUUCUCGAUCUGUAAUGGAACAAUAUAAUGAAAUCCUACGAAUUUAUGGUCAAUUCAAACAACACAACAUGUCCAUGGAUGAAUCCUUUGCUGUUUCUAGUGUGAUUGAUAAACUUCCACCCUCAUGGAAGGAUUUCAAACACCAUCUGAAACAUAGAAAGGAAGAAAUAAGUUUGAUUCAACUUGGGAGUCAUUUGAAAAUCGAAGAAGGACUUCGUGAUCAAGAGAAUGAAAAAGGAACUGGAAAGGGCAAAUCUGAUUUUGGACAGCCCCAAGUUCAUAUGGCUGAAUGUGAUAAAGAAGACAAUUCUAAUCACAAGGGCAAGAGUAAAAAACGUAAAUAUGAGGGUCACAACAAGAAGUCCAACAAAAAGUACAAGGAUUCCAAGGAUUCCAAGGAACUUGUGUGUUGGCGAUGCCAUCUGAAAGGGCAUAUGAAACGUGACUAUCGAGUGAAACUUGGAAAUAAUGGUGCAAGUGGUAGUGGAAACGAUGGUGCUGGUGGUGGCAGUGGAUCUCAUGAUCAAUCUGCAACCAAAGGUCAAAUUUCUAUUGAUCUUGUAAGUUCAGUAUUCAAUGUUAUGCUACUAACUCCAGAAGUUUCUUUUGUACAGGGGGUUGAUACAGAUUCAUAG